AUGGCUUCCUGGCUCCAGAUCCCCAAGAACUCGCCGUUUUCGUUGGCAAAUAUCCCAUUCGGCAUCAUCUCAGCCCAGUCCGCUUCACGCGUGCCUGCUAUCGCUAUCGGUGACUAUGCGUUGAACCUGAAUACGUUCGCCUCUUCUGGAGGCUUCUCCCAAUUGCCUUCCAUCCAAGAAAAUCUCAGUGUUUUCAACCAGUCCACUCUCAAUGCAUUCGCUGCUCUUGGUCGGCCCGUGCAUCGCCAGGUUCGCGAGUACUUACAGAACGUCUUCCGUGCCGACACCCAGUACCCCCAGGUUCUGAAGGAUAAUGCGGCGUUGCAGAAAUCUGCCUUGGUGCCACUGUCGCAAGUAACCAACCAUGUUCCUAUGCAGAUCGGCGACUACACUGACUUCUACGCCGGUCUGAACCACGCCUACAACGUUGGAGUGCUGUUCCGCGGGCCGGAGAAUGCGCUGCAGCCCAACUAUCGACACCUCCCGGUGGCCUACCACGGCCGUGCUUCCUCAGUUGUGGCAUCUGGAACGCCUUUGCACCGCCCGAACGGUCAGAUCCUGGCGAAUCCGGCCGCAGACCCCAAGGUGCCGACCUUUUCUCCUUGCAAGCGACUGGAUAUCGAGUUGGAACUGGCGGCCUUCAUCAGCACCCCUAAUGAUCUUGGCAAGCCCGUCCCCAUUGACCAGGCUGAGGACCACAUCUUUGGCUUGGUGCUCAUGAAUGACUGGUCCGCACGCGAUAUCCAGGCCUGGGAGUAUAUCCCCUUAGGUCCCUUCAACGCCAAGAACUUCGGCACCACUAUCACUCCAUGGGUUGUGUUGAUUGAUGCUCUCGAGCCUUUCCGUGCUGCAGGCCUAGAGCCCGGGAACCGUGACGGCCUCCUUCCUUAUUUGCGCGAGAAGCGUGCCGAGAACGCUUAUGAGAUUCCUCUCGAGGUUGAGAUCACCAACAAGGGUGGCCAGCCGACCGUGAUUUCCAACAGCAACGCUCGCAACCUGCUUUACUCAUUCCCUCAGAUGGUCGCACACCACACCAUUACUGGUUGCAACCUGAAUACCGGUGAUUUGCUCGGCUCCGGCACCAUCUCCGGCACUGAGCCCAAGACCCAGGGCAGUCUCUUGGAGCAGACUAAUGGAAAGACCCCGCUCAAGCUUGCUGAUGGCUCUGAGCGUCUGUUCCUCGAGGAUGGUGACACUAUCAUCCUGCGCGGUAAGGCUGGUACUGAAGGCAAUUAUGUUGGGUUCGGCGACUGCACCGGUACCAUCCUGCCUGCUAUCCAGUUUUAG